GAGUAAUUCCGGGAAGCUCGCCUUACAACUCCGCGCCGCCCCCCGCGCCGCCCGCCCCACAACAAAACUCGGCGCUGCGCUCUCGGGAGCCCGGCUCGGAGCGACCCGCGGUCGGGACCGGAGGGGAAUCGGACAGGCAGAGGGCGCGGGCGGGAACAGCAAGCCGGGACGGCAGCGGCAGCCGCGCGUGCACGGGGCGCCAGGCGAAGCGGGCCGAGAGGCGGGUCUGAGCCCAGAGGGCACCUUCUGAAAACAUGUCUGUGGACCCCUUAUCCAGCAAAGCCCUGAAGAUCAAGCGUGAGCUGAGCGAGAACACGCCGCACCUGUCGGACGAGGCGCUGAUGGGGCUGUCGGUGCGCGAGCUGAACCGGCACCUGCGCGGGCUCUCGGCCGAGGAGGUGACGCGGCUCAAGCAGCGACGUCGCACGCUCAAGAACCGCGGCUACGCGGCCAGCUGCCGCGUGAAGCGCGUGUGCCAGAAAGAGGAGCUGCAGAAGCAGAAGUCGGAGCUGGAGCGCGAGGUGGACAAGCUGGCGCGCGAGAACGCAGCCAUGCGCCUGGAGCUCGACGCGCUGCGCGGCAAGUGCGAGGCGCUGCAGGGCUUCGCGCGCUCCGUGGCCGCCACCCGCGGGCCCGCCGCGCUGGUGGCGCCCGCCAGCGUCAUCACCAUCGUCAAGUCGGCCCCAGGCCCGGGCCCCGUCUCCGCCCCGGGGCCCGCCCCCGGGCCCGCCCCCGCCGCCUGCUCCUAGUGCCCGCCCCUCCCAAGCCCCGCCCCCCGCCCCCCCCCUCCCCUCUUCCUUCCCAAAGUGCCUAAGAGUGGUCUCUGUCCCCGGUGCCUGGUGCCUGUUUCUCUGCAGCCACCAGCCCUUGUGGUGAACACAUGUUCCCUCCCGAGCCUGCUGUCUUCCUCGUUGGAGCCCCUAUAGGACCCGAUAGGUGGCCCUGGGGUGGGGCAACUUUGGUGAGAAUGGUAGGGUGGGGCUGGAGGCUGGGGUUUCUUGGGGCUGAGAGGCCAGCCUUCUUAGGCUGGGAGGAUGGGGUACAGAGCAGAUCAGAGAAGGGCUGUCCGGGCGAAGAGGGCCACCCCUCAUUCUGUAAACUGUUUGCUCAGAUCGUGCCAUAGCCGCCCCCCUCCUUCCCCCAGGAUUUAAGACUAGGUUAGGCUCUAUAUGUCUCUUGGGGCUGGAAAGCUGAUGCUCCCACCUCCUCUUUGGGCCCCGGGGUGCCUGGCUUUCCAAAGCUGGGAGAAUCAUCAGAAGUGGCCUGGUGAAGGUCAGUUAACAGACGGGAAUACAGGCCUCCAAGCAGCCAUGCCAGUGCCCAAGGCCAUCUGGGCUUAGUGGUUGAGCUGGAAAAGCUAGGUCUUCUUACUCCCGAGAUUCCAGCGGGGGGGAUCCAGGCGGGAUUGUCAGGGGGAUUGUGGACAUGGAUGGACCGGAAAAGGUGAUGGAAGGGCCUCCCUGGGCCCCGGGGGGCUGCCUCUGUGAGUUAGGGGAAGAGAAGUAGAGGGCCAGAGAAGGUGAUACAGUGGAGGAGAUGGAAGGAGCUGGCCAAAGAGAAAGGGGACCAAGGAUGUGACCACCCACUGUGGCAGGUGGGAAGAUGAGAAGACAGAUCCAGAAGUCCUGCAGCCAGGGGUGGGGGUCCUGAGAAAGGAAGGGUCCCACCCCUCCCCCUGGGAAUGUCUACCCUGGCUUGGGGGCUGGCCCCUGUCAUCUAUUGCCAGUCUCCUGGGAAGCCCAGCCCCCACCCUCCCUGCGCCCCCUCCCCCAUACAGCUGUCCCUCCCCGCUGUUUAUUUAUUGCACUAAUCUAAGUUAUUCUCCCCAGCCAGAAACCUAGCACCCACUCCUUGGGAAAAGUGGUGUGUGGCCCUGCGCUGGACUUUAUAUUUUAUAUCUGCAGAUAAAUCACAUUUUAUCUUAUAUUUAGGGAAAGCCGGAUGACAGCGACCAAAAAAAUGUUUAAAAAAAAAAAAUUCGCCCGGCCCCUAGAAUUUAUUUAUUUUCUGACUUACAGUAAGCGAGUUAUCCGCCUUCUGUAUUUUGUAGACUUUCUGAAUAAAGUCAAGUUCUCUUUUUCCACAGA